AUGCUGCGACCGACGACGACGACUGGGGCGAUCAGGGUGCUCGGCCGGCGAGCGCUUGCACAGUCGGCAACCCCCACGACGCCGCCGCCGCCAACGAGGCUCCUGCUAGCAAGCCGGCCAUCGCCGGAGCUCCGCCGCCCCAUCAACACUUCGUCAACCGCUUAUCCCUCGGGCUCAGUCAAGCAUCCCACCCAGAUCAUCCCGCCUUCUUCGUCCCCAGAUCCGCCCAUCCGCUCCGAGAAAUCGAGGACCGUCCCGGACUCCCAUCGGGAGCUGCCCGACCUGCCCAGUCGGACGCCGCUCUAUGUCGGCAGUUUCUUGGUGAUCGCCUCGGUCUGGGCCGGGUUCAUAUACUUCUCGACGAACGCUGAGAAGGCCAACUCGUCGAUCGUCAAGGCCGUUCUCUUCGAGCUCCGGAGUAACCCGAGCGUGCUUUCUGCGCUCGGCCACUCCAUUAAACCCCAGAAGGACGACUUGUUUGGACAGCUAUUGGUCGACGGCUCGAUCAAUCUCAUGCAAGGAUCGGUCGACGUCGCUUUCCGUGUCACAGGUUCCGAACGCUCAGGGAUGGUGUAUUUCACAUCAGUCCGACGCGAGAGGGGAUCGGAGUUCGAAAUCAUCCGAUGGAAGUUGAUCCGAGACGAUGGCGUGGUUGUCGACCUGGUAAACCAGGACACCCAUGUCCGACCUGUCUUACUGUCCGGUACAGACACCGACAUCGUCACGAUCGGCGCAUUUAAUCGGGCCGGACAGGCCUCCGGGACUGCUUCCGUUGGGUCUACAGACUCCCACUGCAUCCGUCUGGUCUAA